CAAUGUAGCAGAAAAGAGUGAAAGUGUUGGGACACACACAAUGGUCGUCUAUAUUUAACACACCUUCACACUUGCCGCUAUUGUCUAGAACUCUCUUUCUCUCACAAAGACACUCGUCUCAAAGGAUCUCUGAAACCUAAAAAAACAAGUUGGAUCUGAGCUAUAUUUCUUAAAAGAUUCUUCUCUCACGACUAAAAAAAUCAACACAGUCAUGUCGGUUUUACUUCCUCUGUGUCUGGUUCUCUCCAUGAUUACCUAUUCAAAUGCUGCGUAUUGUGUAUGCAAAGACGGGAACGAGCAAGUGCUUCAGAAAGCUAUAGAUUAUGCAUGUGGAGCAGGAGCUGACUGCUCUCAGAUCCAGCAGAACGGAGCUUGUUUCCAGCCUAACACCGUCAAAAACCACUGCGACGUCGCCGUCAACAGUUACUACCAGAAGAAAGCUUCCUCCGGUGCCACCUGUGACUUUAACGGCGCCGCCGUUAUCUCUACCUCCCCUCCGUCAACUGCUUCAAGCUGUUUAACUGGUUCCAGCUCUAGUGGGACCCCGUCCACUGGGACUCCCACCACAGGAACCCCAAGCACUGGAACACCAACCACAGGAACCCCAAGCACUGGGACACCAACCACGGGGACUCCAACCAGUGGCUUCCCAUCCACCGGGACUCCGUCGACCGGGACACCUACUGCCGGAAUGCCAACCACGGGGACUCCUUCCACUGGCAUGCCAAAUUCCGGCACGCCAGCAAACGGAAUGCCAACUUCGUCUUCAUCUUCCGUGUUCCCUGGCACUACUCUUGGACCGACCGGGAGCGGGGGAUUCGGCGAUCCGAACGCUGGAGAGAAGAUCUCAGUCCGAACUAACACUGCCUUCUUCUUACUAACCGGUGUAGCUAUUAUGCUUGUGGUUUAAAAAACAGUCACGGUUGGGCUGAGAUUUUGCCAACGGCUUAUGGGGUUGCGCAAAUCGGAUAGAGCUGCUACAUCUCUUUUUUUUUCGUUCACUUUUGUCUUUUGUAGGGUUCGAACUGGGGUUUACUAUUAGGUUUGGCCGAGAGACAUCAUGCAAGUAGCUAGCUAGUAAUAUUUCUUUUAUUUUGUAAAUUCGGAGGAUGAGAUGCCCUUUUGUUUCUUUGAAUCGUUUAUCUUUUAGUACGUACCAUCAUGUCUCCAUUAUCAA